UCCACUCCGGCUCCAGGCGGCCAGCGCUCGGGCCCAGGCCGCCAGGUUCUAGCCGAGCAGCAGCAGCAGCAGCAGCGGUAGCGGCGGCAGCUCGCGGGGAGACCCCGCGCUCCUCGCAACCCCUCCCCAGUGCGGUGCAUGGAGACGAGGCCCGCCGCUCGCCCCUGAGCCCGCCGCCCGGCCCGGGACCCGCGGGGGCUGGGGUGGCCUUGGGCUCCGGCCGGCCCCGCCGCCCGAGGGCUGCGCGCGGCCCGCGGGCCUCGUCGCCCUCGCGGAUCGCCGCGGCCCGGCCGUCCCGUCCCAGGAAGUGGCCGUCCUGACCGCCAUGGCUCACUCCCCGGUGCAGUCGGGCCUGCCCGGCAUGCAGAACCUGAAAGCAGAUCCAGAAGAGCUUUUUACCAAACUGGAGAAAAUCGGGAAGGGCUCUUUUGGCGAGGUGUUCAAGGGCAUUGACAAUCGGACUCAGAAAGUGGUCGCCAUAAAAAUCAUUGAUCUGGAAGAGGCUGAAGAUGAGAUAGAGGACAUUCAGCAGGAGAUCACAGUGCUGAGUCAGUGUGACAGUCCCUACGUAACCAAAUAUUAUGGAUCCUAUCUGAAGGACACUAAAUUAUGGAUAAUAAUGGAAUAUCUCGGUGGAGGCUCUGCGCUGGACCUAUUAGAACCUGGCCCUUUAGAUGAAACCCAGAUUGCUACUAUAUUAAGAGAAAUACUGAAAGGACUUGAUUAUUUGCAUUCGGAGAAGAAAAUUCAUAGAGAUAUUAAAGCUGCCAACGUCCUGCUCUCUGAACACGGAGAGGUGAAGCUGGCGGAUUUUGGAGUGGCGGGCCAGCUGACAGACACCCAGAUAAAGAGAAACACCUUCGUGGGCACCCCUUUCUGGAUGGCGCCUGAAGUCAUCAAGCAGUCGGCCUACGACUCAAAGGCGGACGUCUGGUCCCUGGGCAUAACGGCGAUCGAGCUUGCCAAAGGCGAGCCGCCGCACUCGGAGCUGCACCCCAUGAAGGUUUUGUUCCUCAUUCCAAAGAACAACCCCCCGACGCUGGAAGGAAACUACAGCAAACCCCUCAAGGAGUUUGUGGAGGCCUGUUUGAACAAGGAGCCGAGCUUUAGACCCACCGCUAAGGAGCUACUGAAGCACAAGUUCAUAAUCCGCAAUGCAAAGAAAACAUCCUACUUGACGGAGCUCAUCGACAGGUACAAGAGGUGGAAGGCCGAACAGAGCCACGAAGACUCCAGCUCCGAAGACUCGGACACGGAAACGGACACAGAUGGCCAAGCAUCCGGAGGCAGCGACUCAGGGGACUGGAUCUUCACGAUCCGGGAGAAAGAUCCAAAGAGUCUUGAGAAUGGAGCUCUUCAGCCGUCGGAUUUAGAAAGAAAUAAGAUGAAAGACAUCCCAAAGAGGCCUUUCUCUCAGUGUUUAUCUACAAUUAUUUCUCCGCUGUUUGCAGAGUUGAAGGAGAAGAGCCAGGCGUGUGGAGGCAACCUGGGGUCCAUCGAGGAGCUGCGCGGGGCCAUCUACCUGGCGGAGGAGGCCUGCCCCGGCAUCUCGGACACCAUGGUGGCCCAGCUCGUGCAGCGGCUGCAGAGAUACUCUCUAAGUGGUGGAGGAACUUCAUCCCACUGAAAUUCCUUUGGCAUUUGGGUUUUGUCUUUUUCCUUUUUUCCUUCUUCAUCCUCCUCCUUUUUACAAGUCAACGAGAGCCUUUGCUGACUUCGCUGAAGAGGUGCACCAUCGCGGGGGGCCAUCCCCACCCCCCACAGCGAGGUCGCCUGUCCAGGGCCUGAUGAAGUCUCCAGAUGGGGUGGGGAGGGUCAGCUCCUGCGAGCGAGUAUUUUAUUUUAUUUUAUUAUUCUUGUUUUUAAUUCUAACCAUAGUGCACAUAUCAAGGAAAGUGUCUUUAGAAACAAAAAUAAACCCUGAAAUGUAUAUUUGGGAUUAUGAUAAGGUGACUGAAGAAAUGAAACCUCAGGUAUCCUGCUUUACGUUGAUAACUCCCCCUCCCUGGGAGACGGAGAAUCGCUCUGGUGGAUCAGUGUACAGAUUUGUAUAUAGUGUCAUUUUUAAGGAAACCCUUUUGGCGUGCAUAGCGAUCACUGUGUACACACUGGCCAAGUGCUUCUGUAGAUACUGUCAGUGGGGUAAAUAUUUGACAGGCCGUAACUUGAGUCUAUUGCCUUGCCUUUAUUACAUGUAAAUUUUGAAUUAUGUGACCAGUGAUUUGGGUUUUACUUUGUAUUUGCAGGGUUUGCCAUUAAUAAUAAUUAACGCCCCUCUUAUGAAACACUCCUCUAUUUGUACCUCAACAAAUGCAAAUUUUCCUCUUGUUUGCCCUACAACCCUUUUGGUACACUUAGAAGUUGAUUUCCUUUUUCACCGAUGGUACUAUUUCUUAGUGUUUUAAAUUGGAACAUACCUUGCCUCAUGAAGCUUUAAAUUAUUAUUUUAAAUUUCUCCCCGAUGAAGUGUUCUCGUCUCACUGUCAUUCGUGCCCUGCCAGUCCUGCGCCAGCUGUACCGUCCUUCCAGUAGGGUUUUCUGUUGCACCUUGUAGUGAAAUCUGCGUAUCAUCUUUCCCACCUAAACAUGUCUGAAUGCUUACACAAAUAAAUUUUAUAACACAGA